AUAUUUGAACAGCGUUAAACUGGUGAAAUGUAUAGGCUAUAUCUUAUGUAGAGUUAUCAUACACAGGGACGAAAUUGUUAGGGUGUUAAAUAUUUGCUUGUUUCGUGAUUAACUCUGCAUAUAGAAAAAUAUGGCAAAUUUUUUAGCAGGAAUAUUUAUACUUCUGUGUUUAGUGAAUCGAUAUCUGUCUGCAGAAAUUCCAUCUGUUACUACGGCUCUAGGAACAAUAACUGGAGCAACUAAACGUGUGGUAUUUCAAAAGAAACCAUAUGAUGUUGACAGAUAUCUUGGAAUUCCAUAUGCUAAACCACCGACUGGAGAACUGAGAUUUAAAAGGCCGGAGCCGUAUGGUCCUUUCCCUGGGGCAUACAGUGCUACAAACUUCGGAUUAUCAUGUCCGCAACAUUUGUUUCUUCCUGUCAUGGCCGAAGAACAGACAUCCGAAGAUUGUUUAUUUCUGAACAUUUAUGUACCACGACAAGAACCCGACCAGCCUUCGGGACAUGCAAUUAUGUUCUUUAUUCACGGCGGUGGAUUUACAAUGGGUUCAGGAAAGAUAUAUGAUGGAGGAGUCCUUUCUUCUGUCGGAAAUGUAAUUGUAGUGACCAUCAAUUACAGACUUGGAUUACUUGGAUUUCUAGAUAUUGACAAUGUAAAAUCAUCGGGUAAUUUUGGCCUUUUUGACCAACGCUUAGCCCUACAGUGGGUCAACGAAAAUAUCGGUGCGUUUGGAGGGGAUAAAGAUAGGGUGACCAUAUUUGGAGAAUCCGCAGGUUCAAUUAGUGUUUCUCUACAAAUGAUGUUUCCACAAAACGAAGGACUCUUCAGAAGUGGUAUUUCGGAGAGCGGAGCUUUAACGCUACCCGGUCUGUUCCUAGAAAAUAACAUCGAAGCAGCUAAAUAUUUUGCCGAAAACAUGAGCUGUAGUGUUGAAGACAUGGAUGAAGUUUUCAGUUGUCUUCAGUCAGCAACACCUGAAAGUAUAAUCAAAGUUGUUGCUGACGCAGUGGCAUCUGGCGGUAUGGCGGCUUCAGUAAAAGUUGGUUCUUCUCCGACAAUUGAUGGAGAAUUCAUCAAAACUAAUCCCGCUGACUUGUAUAGGAAAGCAGUAACUGGAGAAAGUGAGGAAAUAAACUUCUUUCGGACACGUAAACUGAUGAAUGGCGUUAAUGGUAAAGAAGGCGCAAUGUUUCUUAUGAUGCUGGGAUCAGAUAAUUUGGACGAACUCGAGAUAACUCGAGAACAGAUGAAUACGCAGCAAAUUCCUGGUGCUACAGCAGUAGUCUAUGGUCAGCGAACUGUUCCUGAAGUUGUGAAACAGCUUUUGAUUGCAGAGUACACGGACUGGGAAAAUCCUGAUGAUCCCAAAAAGCUUCGUGAACAAGUAGUGCGUCUUUUCGGUGACAUUUAUUUCAAUGUUCCUGCGAUAGAAAUGAGUCGCAUUCAUUCCAAUGCAUCUAAUGUUGACAGUUAUCUCUACAAUUUCGUCCCUGUUUUGGACAAGCGUCUACUUCCGACACCAAACUGGGUUAAUAUGUCAAAUCAUGGAGACGAGUUAGGGCCAGUGUUUGGAUACAACUUUGAUUUUGAAGCUCUGCUGAACAUAUCUGAUUACACACCUCCAGAGUGGGAGCUCGAGAUGUCCGAGAGAAUGAUGGCAUACUGGACAAACUUUGCAAAAACAGGAGAUCCGAACAAACCAGUAUCAGAUGCUGUGUCUUCUGUAGUUUGGCCAAAAUAUGACAUCACAUCUCAGUCCUACAUCAAGUUUGACAGGAAGGAUUCUUUUGGUCAAUAUUUGUUUGCAAGAGAAACCGACUUCUGGAAAAAUACUCUAUCAGCCGUGUUCGAUGCUACGGAGGUUCCGACAACUAUUACAUCACUAUAUGGUAGCAAAGACGAACAAACUUGCGAAAAAGACGGCACAUGUGGUUAAAUACAGACUCUGAAUUUAUAUUUGAUGAACAAAAUAUUUUAUUUUAAAACUAGUACAUAUGUAGACCUUACUACAUCUUAGUUGCUUAUCAAGCCAUACUAUCUAAAACCAGUUACUGUUGAUUGUGAAUCACUUAAUACGAAAGUUUUUACUAAUCAUGAAAGUUAAAUAAAUAAUAUGCUUGUCACAGAAAAAAUAGGACAUUCACCCAUAUCAAAAUUAAAAGAACCUUUAGUUAUAAUGUUAUAUUAGUGACUUACUUUUGACUAACGGCUAAAUAUGAACAUAAACUGCUUGACUGAAGUUAUAUAUAUCAUUUGUACCUGCCUUAUAUAAGCAUAUUCUAUGUGACUGAAGUUAAUGACUAAUUUUGUAUCUGCUUGUUAUAAACAUGUGCUGCAAGACUGAAUUUAAAGGCAAGUUUUAUGUCUGCUUUACACAGGCAAUGUCGCCACAUAUGAAACCGAUAUGAUUAUCAUAUGCUUUUCAUAUGAGACCUUUCAUAUGCUAAUCAUAACAAAACAGCCGCAUAUGAUGAGCAUAUGAUAUCAGUUUAUGAUUCUCUUGUGAAAAUUAUAUCAGUUUCAUAUGAAAUUAUUAGCAUAUGAAUUUCAUAUGCAAAUUGAAAGGCCUAGUAUAUGAUAUGGGCAUAAUACCGAUAUCAAAUUCAUAUGUUACCUCCUUUCAUAUGCUAUUCAUAUACUUCUCCUUUUAUAUGCUUUUCAUAUGUUAGCUCCUUUCAUAUGCAACUCAUAUGAUUCUACUUUUAUAUGUUUUGUUUUUCAUAUGUUAUCUCUUCCAUAUGCUACUCAUGUAGUACUCUUUUUUAUGCUGGUCAUAUGCAAGCCUUUUCGUAAAAAUAUUUUAUGGCCCAUCCCUGUUGUUGGUUGAAAAGUGGCAUCUCUUUCUCGAAAAAGACUGCUAGAGCAGGCUGGAACAAAAUCAUCUUUAAAAAGAAAAACAAAUACAAAGGAAUAUUGAUAUUUCCAUCUUUAUUUUGAUUUUUCUUUACAAAUGAAAUCAUUGUGAUUUGUUUACAUCCAUUCUUGAGUAUAUCUAACAAUUACAUUUAGGUACAAUUUAUGUAUUAUGAUUACAUUAAGUAACAAAGUUUAACACAGAAAGCAUGUUAAUUAAAGUUUUACAGAAAUAUGGAACAAUUCAAGAAAAGACACCCCGAGUGACACACAAAGGAAGUACAAAAUAACAAGUACAUGUAUCUACAGAUUUACAUAAUAACAUAACGUGUCGUCAAUACUAAUGUAAAACGAAAAUUUGUAUAGGUCGGCCACGUGUUUUGAGCCGUGACUAAUUUAUGCAGGACAGUUGAUUUCCCAAAAAAAGGUAGAAACGUAUAUCACACCCUAUAAACGACUGUAGCCCCCCUCUUCCUCUUGCGAGUGAUCAAAACAAUAAACAGACACGCGAAAGGUAAGAAUCGUCUUCAAAUUUAUUAUUUUGCUUUACACUGUAUGUGUAUUAAAGUUUAACGAUAAGUCUAAUAUAUAUAUGUGUAUAUGGUGAUAUAAUAGAUGAAACUGACAGGCAAUGUUUACAAAAUGUUGACUGAUCACACUCAUUGCAUGAAAAUUCACUCGACCAAGUCACGAAACUGAUGAAUAUCACGUCAAAUUGAUUUGUAAUCCAAUUAUCCAUGAUGCUGUCUGUAAUAUGUAUGCAUACUCCAUAAAUAUAUGUAAAUAAAAUGUUUCGUAUUUA